GGCAGUAGUUGUACUAAUGAAAAUUUGUUUAUAGCAACAGAAACUAUGAAUGGAUUUUCCUUAUUUUAUGUCUUUCUUAAUCUAUUUUUUCAAGCGAGCUAUUUAUGUGAAUCAUGAGAGUUGGGUUUAACUGCUAAUCGUAAUUUAUUUAGGAAUAAAUUUGAAAAAAAAAGAUAACGCACAGCACUUUGCUUAAAAUGAAUAGCGGCAUAUUACUUCGUUUGGUGUGUUUUGAUGACGUGAGAAGUAAGCGCCCAGUGAGAGCGGUCAAUUUAAGCUGACAGCGGUAAAAACGAGUAAACAAAAAAACAGCACAACUGAAUUUGGGUUGGGUUAAGCCUUGUGUUUUUUUUAUUUUCAGGUUUCAUCUUACUGUAGUAGUUAUAAUAUACCAACGCGAAAAUUAUAAUAGGCUGAGAAUUUACUUGUUCAUUUAUAGGCAAAAUUACUAAACUUGAUAAACCCACUAUUUUGUAGGAAACACUUUUGAGAUAUGAAGUUUUGCUCUGCAUUUUCAUUACCUCACGAGAAAUUCGGACAAUGGCAGGAAAUCAGCAUUUAUACGGAGAGCUUUGCCUCAUUGACAAAAACAUAACAAGCUUGUUAGAAAUUCCUGUUAGUGAAAAGCUGAGGUCACUGAGUCUUCACUGUAACCGAAUAGUCAAGAUAGAGGGCCUGGCUUUGGCAUGGCAGCUGCGGCACCUGGACCUUUCGUCCAAUCGGAUAACUCGAAUUGAGGGCCUGGAUUCGCUCACAUCCCUGCACACUCUCAACUUAUCAUGUAACUUAAUAACUAAAGUUGAAGGGUUAAAUUGUUUAGUGAACUUGAUCAGAUUGAACUUGUCUUACAAUCAGAUAAGUGACUUGACUGGAUUGCUGUACCUUCAUGGGACUGGCCACAAACUGAGACAUCUGAAUCUGCACAGUAACCAAGUGUGCAGCAUAAAUCAAGUGCUGCAGUGCAUGGUGGGAUUACAGAAUUUGACUGAACUUACUUUUAGCAUGGAUGGAAAAGACAACCCAGUCUGCCUUGUUCCAGGUUACAGAGAGAUUAUUCUACAGUCUUUGCCUCAGAUGGUUGCUCUUGAUGGUGUUAAUCGAAAGGGUGAGCCCAUGUUGGCUGAUUGCACUUCAAUUAAUGUACCUGGACUAGAAGAUUUUGUAGAUUUCUUGGUAUCCUCUGACACUAGUGGGAAUGCAGAAAAACCUAAUUCUAAUGUACCAAUUGCCACCCCUUCCAUUGAUAAAGUGCUGACCCAGUUUCACCAGCGAAAUAGUACAGGGGUUGACAGAAGACCAAAAGUGCAUACAGGAGAAAAUUCACUUUCUGAAGAGGAGAAAACAAAACCAAACUCUUGCAAUCUGUAUAAUGAACUGCGAAUUAAAAAAUUGGAGCAUCAGGUUUCUCAACUAUUUCAUCAGGUCCCCAGUAGUUCAAGCUCAACUCCCUCUGUUGUACGGAAGGCGAAGAGAGACAUUGAUUACACAUCAGAAAGUGAAUGUGACAGUGCCAAAGAGAACAAUAAGAAAGGUUCUAGGAGAUCCAGAAUUCCCAAAUAUAGAAGUGCCAAUAAAACAACUGGAAAGCGAUUGACUAAAGACACACCAGGCAAGAGAUCAGACAGUGAACAAGAUAUUACUGCUAAAGGCCCAAAGAAAACAGCAUGUCUUAGGAAGGAGGUUUCUUUUAGAACAUCCCAGCACAUUCAGCCACUGACUAUUGGGAGCCAGAAGAAGAAAGGACUGCAAUCGCAGAACGUUUCUUCAUUGGAUACCAGAGUACGUGACUCUGAAGAAACAACAUACAGGGCAAUAAUUGAGGAACGUGACCAGGAGAGAGAAAGGAGGUGGAAGGCUGAACAGGCAGUGAAGAAACUAACUGAAACACUCAAAAACUUGCAGGUUCGUGCCACUGAAGAGAAAGAUCUUCAGAAUAUGGCACUGUACACCACUGACCGCAAGGCCGAGUCUACUACUAGUCUACAAUCAAGAACCUUAAGCAGAUUAAAGGAGCUCCUUUUAAAGGAAAAGGAAGAAAAAAGCAAACUCCAGGCAAGUGUUGAAGAGCUGAUGGAGAGCAACAAAGCUCUGGUCGGUGAGCUGAGAGAGUGCAAGAGCCGUGAAGAACAGCAGCAGAGGUCUCUGCACAGCCUUGAGGACAGUCUGGCUAAGAGGGAGGCCUUGAGGGCCCAGCAGCAAGCUGAGGAGAUGAAAAAGAACCAGGAGUUGGAGUUUAAAGUUGCAGCACUUAAGAGGGAGGUGGAUAUUCUGAGAGCAUCUGUCCGACAGCACAAGGAGAAACUGCAACAAGUGCAUGAACUCCUAGCGUCUAAAGAACAGGUGCACAGAAAGGAAUUGGAGUCCAGAGUAACUCUGACUGGCCCUGAGUUCAGAGAAGCCUUGGCGAGGGAGGUGGCAGUGGUGGAGCAAAGACAUUCUCAUCAAGUAACCGAACUGCAAGAGAAGAUGGCAGCCAUAAGGCAGCAGUAUAGCGAGUUGGAAGAUGAGUUCCGCAUGGCUCUCACCAUUGAGGCUACAAGGUUUAAAGAGGUAAAAGAAGGCUUUGACCAUGUGUCAGCAGAGUUAUUGGAACACAAGAGAGCCUUGGCUAAGUUCCAGCAGAAGGAGAAGCGGUCUGCAGUUUUGGUCCAGGACCUAACAGCCAUGGUGAAAGAGCAGAAAGCAAGAAUAGCGGAGCUGGUAAAGUCCAAACAAGAAUCUGUCUCGGAGUUGAAGAGUCAAAUACGAUCUUUGGAAGCUGUGGUGGAAGAAGACAAGAAACAAAACGUUCAGAUUGAGCUUCUCAAAAGGGACAAAUCAAAGCUGAUUUCACAGCUCACUGCCCAGGAGUCCGUGAUUGAUGGCCUCAGAGCGGAGAGGAGGAUAUGGGGGCAGGAGCUGGCACAGCAAGGGGCUUCACUGGCACAGGACAGAGGCAGGCUGGAGGCCAGGAUCGAAGUCCUUUCUGGUGAAAUUGAGUCAUUAAAGAAACAGAGUGAGCGUGACAACGAUGCUUUGAAGAUCAAAGCUAAGAUUGUGGAAGACCAAACAGAGACUAUUCGGAAACUGAAAGAGGCUGUACAGGAAAGAGAUGAACAGAUAAAGAAACUCCGUGAGGAAAUCUUGCAGGCCCAGAAGGCCUUCCGGGAGCAACUGGAAGAAGAGAGAGGGCCAGUACUGGAGCUCCGAGAGCAGGUGGAACAGCUGACUUACAGGAAGGACGAGUUAAAACAGCAUCUGGUGGAGAAAGAGACUGAGCUACAUGAAGUGAAGAAAGCUUACAGUGCUAUGAAUAAAAAAUGGCAGGACAAAGCCGAACUCCUGACCCACCUAGAAGCUCAGGUGAAGCACAUGAAGGCUAACUUUGAUGCCAAAGAGAAAAGGCUAAUAGAAGAAAAAGAAAUGUGCCUCCAGAGGCAAAAGUAUUUUAGAGAUGCUGUGGGGAAACUUCACUCUAUAGAUGAUGCCUUCAGAAGACAGCUGGAGUCAGUACAGACAGCACAUCAAGCAGAGCUGCUUCACUUGGCCACUGAAAAGCAAAAACAGAUAGAAGAAGCAAAUCAGAAGGUAUUUCAAGUGGAAGGAGAAAUGAGACAACUUCUAGAAGAAACAGCAAGCAGCAAAAGAGCAAUGGAGGAGAAAAUGAGAAGACUCACAAGUGUCCUGAGAGACUUCCAACAGUUAUAAGGGUGUUUCCUCUAGACCUUACAUAUGUGUUUUGGACACCCAUGCCCUAUGUAAAUGUUUGGACGUGAUAACUAUUUGCUUCUAAACCACUGUAAUAAAUCUUUUUCAUUGUUCACUUUUUAUAAAUCAGUCAACCAUAAUAUUAAGAUGUAGUUGUUUGCAGAGAAUGUAGAGCCCUUCAUUGAUGUGUAGAGUCCAGCAAAAAUCAAAUACUGAUUUCUGUCCAAGAAUUAACAUUGUAGAUUUGUUUUGUAUUUAUUUUUGUAAUAGAAGUUUUUAUAUUUUAAUAUAUUAACUUGUUAAAUAGUGCUAAUGUACUGUAUACAGAAUUCGUUAAGCACUUUGGAAACAAGUUGUUUUCGAAAAUAAACUCUUUGAUU